CUCUUUCACGCCCCCUUUUAUAUCCAAUUAUCUUGUAAAUUGUGUAAUACUACUUUUUCAAAAACUUAUUUAGUCCUCAAAAUAAUGUUUAUAUUAUAUGUUGUCGCAAUCAUAUGACACUAGUAUGUACAAAUAUAUUUGUAUAUCAUUUUAAUAAAUAGAGCCAUAUAUACUAGAUGGAAAGACUUUCUUGAGAGAUUUAUCUUAAUCAAACCGGAUCACUAUAUAGCAUGGCGGAGGAAUCGUACGAUGAAGAGUGUGACUACCUCUUCAAGGCGGUGCUAAUAGGAGACUCCGCCGUCGGAAAAUCAAACCUCUUGUCGAGGUUCACGAGAGAUGAGUUCCGGUUAGACUCUAAACCGACCAUCGGAGUAGACUUUGCUUACCGGAAUGUUUGCGUGGGUGGUAAGACCAUCAAAGCUCAGAUAUGGGACACCGCCGGCCAAGAAAGAUUUAGAGCAAUAACGAGUUCGUACUACCGUGGAGCUUUAGGAGCUUUAUUGAUCUACGACAUCACAAGACGACAAACGUUCCAAAACAUAAAGAAGUGGUUGUCGGAGCUCAGAGGCUUCUCAAGCCCCGAUACCGUCGUUGUUCUCGUCGGUAACAAAUCCGAUCUCGGGCAGUCUAGAGAAGUUGAAGAAGAUGAGGGUAAGAGUUUAGCUGAGCUAGAGGGUCUAUAUUUCCUAGAAACAUCGGCUUUACAGAACCAAAACGUCGAAGAAGCGUUUCUAAGCAUGAUUGAACGGAUACAUGAGGUUUUGAUUCAGAAGAUCGCUUUAGAUAACAAAUCAAACGUUGACGACGGUGAUGGUCCGGUCGUUCCCGCCGGUAGAGAGGUAGUAAAUAUUGACGAAGUCACCGCCACUCGACCGUUGAGUACUUCUUUCUCCAAUUGUUGUCUCAACAAAACAGACUCAUGUUGACUCUGUAAACCAGAUCGGUAACUCCGCAUCCAUGUGAACGACAAAUGACGGUUGUUUCCUACCACUGCAUGCUAAGCUAUCCGUCCGAAGAUUCGCCGUCCGAGGUACAUGAACGAUGUCUGAGUUGAGGAAACUUUUUUUUAAAAGCUUGAUAUCUUCUAGAUAGCUUUCAAAUGCUGGCCAUUCUUCUGAUUCCGAAACCAUAUUCACCAAUUGAGAACAAUCCGUUGCAAACGUUACCUUAAACUGUCUUAAAUUCUUCAUACAUUCCAUUGCCCAAAUGAAUGCAUCUACCUCCGAAUGAAGGGGUGAAAGACAUGCCCUUACAUUCUUUGCUCCUAAUAGACCAUCAAACCCCGGUAAAGUACUAUACCAGCCUUCCCCUGAAAAUAAGUCCUUAUCUUUCCAUGAGCCGCCAUCUAGGAAGCACCAUCGACCUGGUGUCGCUAGGGGAGGACUGGUUUGUACCGAAAACCCUUUCGUUGAGUCAUUUCCCACAUGUGCUUCUGCCCAAAGUGAUGAUUCUAAUUCAGCUAAUUUAAGUGUUUCCCUCGGAUCAAUAUCCAGAUUGCUAAAAACUUUGUUAUUCUAGGCUUUCCAAAUAUACCAUAAAAUCCAUGCAAAUUGAUGGUCAUCCAUCUUUGGCUGAACUCUCCAAAAAAAGAUGAUUUAUAUUAGCAAAUAAUAAGCUGAUGGGAAAGAUAUUGGGAGGUGACGGAAUCUUGGAUAAUGCCCACACUUGACGUGCUGGGGACAUUCAAAAAAUACAUGGUUUAUUGAUUCUUCCGGAUCUCCGCAUCGAGCACAACAUAUAUCUCCUUGUAUCCCUCUUGCCUUUAGAUUUUUCAUUACCGAUAUACAUCCUGAAAGAAGUUGCCAUAAGAUAUGUUUUAUCUUCGGGGGACACCGCACUUUCCAACAGAAAGAUUUAAGUAUAUCCACCGUGGGGCCAUAAAAAUCUGGUGGUUUUUUCCUAUCAGGAUAGACUCGUUCCACCUGAUAACCUGAUUGGACCGAAUAUUUCCCAUUGUUAGUAAAAUGUCAUCAAUUUCUAUCCUCAAUCUGAUUCCUACUUAAUGGAAUACUUUCAAUACUUUUUGCAUCCUUAGGAUCCACUAGAGCCCUGAUUGCCUGUAAAUUCCAUGAACGAGAUUCCGAAUUAAUGAGGGAAUCCACUGUGAGGUCUGGAUAAAUAUUGUGAAGAUUUUUGUUUGCUGGUCUUGGGCGAGUGGCUGGGAUCCAAGGAUCAUUCCAUACAGAGAUAGACGAACCUGUUCCCACCAUUUUAAUUAGUCCUUUACAAACCAGAGAUCUAGCAGAAAUAAUACUCCUCCAGCCAUAUGACGGGGAAUAAGAACGAAUCGGUUCCAGGGGUGAAACAUUCCUGUAAUACCGUCUUUUGAAGACUCUUGAAAAAAGAGUAUUUGACUUCUCAAUCAGCCUCCAUAGUUGCUUUCCAACCAUGACCGUGUUAAAAUCAAUAAGAUCCUUAAAACCUAAUCUACCAUUAUCUUUGGUUUCGCAUAAUUUAUCUCAUGAUUUCCAAUGCAUACCUUUUGUACUUCCUCCUGGGCUCCACCAAAAUUGAGCUACUGCACUUGUUAAUUUUUUAACGAUAGCCUUCGGUAACCGAUAAACAGACAUAACAUGGUUUGGCAGGGCCGUGACUACCAAUUUAAUAAUUACCUCUUUUCCUCUUUUAGUAAAAAAUCUAAAGGUCCAUCCAUUAACCCUAUUAUUCAAGCGAUCAUGUACAAAGCCAAAUACUUGUACCUUAGAUCCUCCAAGGCUUUCUGGUAAGCCUAAGUAGGAUCCCAUGCCUCCUAUAUUCUGAAUUCUCAGAACAUCCCUCAAUUCUUGACGACUAACUUCUUCAAUCUUAUGCCCAAAUUGAAUUGAAGAUUUUUGGAAAUUAAUU